CUACACAAAAACUCCGUGCAUGUGUUGUGUCAGACCGCUUGCUCAUUUUUAUACACACCAGUGUCAGCUCAAGCUUUCUCACACAUGCACUCCCGCUCCCUCGCUGGUGAAGACAGAGACAGCUGAUGGCGACAAAGGUUCUCUCUUUCCGCAAUCCACACUCUAACUUCAGACGGUCACAUAUGUCUUUCCGCCAAAUCACAACCUCGAACUCAACGACCACCUCACUACCUUGUGAUACAUCAUCAUUCACUUCUUAUAGAGCCCAAACCUUUCUAUCUCCUCCUUUAAAACCUUGUUCGAUUCGCACUGUAACGGCUGGGUCCCACUCCAAUCUACCUCUCAUUUCUCCUAAUGACCACUGGGGUACCUGGACCGCUCUCUUUGCCACCGGCGCUUUCGGUUUAUGUUGUUAUCCUUUUUUUUGUAUUGCAGUUGCAACAACAAUUGGAACAGCAGUAGCAUAUGUGUUGGUGCCAAUGCGAUCACCUGGUCAGGAUAGUUGGAAAAUAGCAGCUGCACUCAUGGGCAGACACAUUGGUGGUGCUGUCAAUUACGUUGCCAUUUCUGAAGCCCUUGGUGUUUCUCCAUCAGUUUUAGCUGCUGGAUUAGCUGCAGAUAAUGUUAUUUGUGCUGCAUAUUUUACGACAUUGUUUGCAUUAGCUUCUAAAAUCCCCGAGACUUCCAAGUCGACCAAUGAUGCUGCAACAGAGGUGGAAUCCGAGUCUGGCAACAAACUGCCUGUGCUACAAAUGGCUACGGCGCUUGCUGCAUCAUUUGUCAUCUGUAAGACUGGCACUUAUAUCACAAAGUAUUUUCGAAUCCAAGGGGGCAGCCUCCCAGCCAUAACAGCGAUUGUUGUUAUUCUAGCCACGGCACUUCCAAAACAGUUUGGUUAUCUUGCACCACCCGGUGAGGCUAUGGCUUUGUUACUCAUGCAGAAACAGGUAUUUUUUACUGUGAUUGGUGCUAGUGGGAGUAUAUGGAAUGUCAUAAACACGGCACCGAGUAUUUUUAUGUUUUCUCUAGUCCAAAUAGCAGUUCAUCUUGCCGUGAUCAUUGGAUUAGGAAAGCUAUUUCGCUUUGAUUUAAGGUUGUUACUUGAUGCCAACGUUGGAGGUCCUACGACUGCGUGCGGAAUGGCCACGGCAAAAGGUUGGAGUUCUUUGGUUGUUCCUGGCAUUCUAGCUGGCAUUUUUGGAAUUGCCAUUGCAACUUUUCUUGGCAUUGCAUUUGGGGUGACAGUUUUAAAAUUGAUGUAAACUUAAAAACUUCUUUUGUAUAAUAUGUAACCAAUAUUGUAAACUCCAUUAUAUGCAGCAAGUGAAACCCACCGUUUAAGAGCUCAUAUUGCAAUUGAGUCAUUCUUCCUCAUGAUUACUAAUGAUGGUGCUUGCUGAUGAACUGUUCUUAUUCAUAUACACAAGCACAAUAAUUUCACUUACCAAAUGCUUA